CUCUUAAGCAAAUUGGAAGUUAAAAAUAAUUGGAUAAUUGGAAAACUUUUGACAUAAAGAUGACAACGAAAACGAAGAAAUCCAAUAUGAAUAAUACUACUCGAACAGUUGAAAUGACUCAAACAAAUGUAAGAAAAAAUGAAGACAUAGAAAUCGAAUACAAUAAGUAUUGUAUCUUAAUACGAGAACUGGUCGAUGUUUUGCCGGAAGAUUCAAAGCAUAAGCCAAAGAUAGCAAAAUGGGUUCAUUUACUUGUAAAUCCGCUUAACGCAGCACAAUCAUUAGAAAUUCGUGAAAAACGAAAUCAAUAUCUUUUCAUUAUUUGUUGUGGAUUACUUACUGGAAACUCAAGUUCAUUUUUAAAAUUGGCAAAAGCAAAACAUUUAAAAGUUGAUCAGUCUAAAAAAUCAAAAUAUGUCAAAGUUGCUGGCAUGAAAGGACAAAUAGCUCCUAUGAAACCAACAAUAGCUGAUGAGCAUGGAUUUCCUCAUUCUUUGAAAAAUGCUUUUGAUCCAUUGAAACUGACUAAUAUUGAGGAUGUUUUUUGCAAAGCUGAAUGGGAAAAUUUUUGUUAUUGGGAGAAAAGACUUCAAAGUAUUAAAGAUGAAGAGAAAACUUUCAAGAAAUCUUCCACACAUCGGAAUCAGCGAACAAAAGCUUUUGAGAGAAAUUGUACUAUUCAUGGAUCGAACGAAAAGUGCCCCAAUGAUUUGAAAGACGUCAAAAUUGGAAGAUGUUUGGAUAAACAGUUCGAGUAUUUGUUAGCAUUAGCAGAAUUUUACAAAGAAUCGUUUAGAUGUGAUGCAAACAAAAUGAGUCGUAUUAGCUUAUGGCUUCAAGCACUGUCUAAAAUCGAUGUAACAUUUUGUGCUCAAAUGAAAGGUAUUCGAAAUGACUAUGCAAUGAUUUUGGUUGGAUAUCUUGUAAACAGUGAAAUGAAAGGACCAUUUGAAGACUUGCCGGGAGAAAAUUUACAGCCGUUGAUGAAAGCUAUAGCUACCUACGCUGCGAAGCGUCAAAUUGAAUUGGAUGAUAAAUCUAAAGUACCAUUGAAUCCGGCAAGUGAUACAAUUGAAAAUUUUAUGAAUAAUGUUCCUAAAAUAGACGAAGGAGCGUUUGCUUUGUUAUCACUUACCGGAAAUCUCUUUAAAAUGAAAUCUCAUCAUAAUUUUUGAUUCGAUUUAUCUCCUCCCAAGAACCAUUGAAAAGUAAAUAACA